UGCUGAGUAAUCUUUCGUCCACUGCAGCUUUUAAUGUUUCGGCAAACAUGUAUGCCACCGGAGAAGCUCCCUUUGGAGAUGAAACAAUAUAUGCCUUAGUGCAGUGCACAAGAGAUUUAUCAGCCAAUGAUUGCAGCAAGUGCCUCAAAAGUGCUAUGAGAGACAUACCAAGCUGUUGCUAUGGCUCCAUCGGUGCCAGAGUCCUGAGCCGCAGUUGUUACCUCAGAUAUGAAUUUUAUCCCUUCUAUCUUGGUGCCACAGGGCCGUUAAGUCCUUCACCCCACACAAAUCAAGGCAAAAAUAGCAAAGUAUGGAUUAUUACGGGAAUUGCAGUUGCACUUGUCCUAUGCUUGGCAAUUAUUUUCAUUUAUUGCAUGUACUUUAUACGGAACAAGAAAACACACAAGCGGGAUGAAGCAGUGUUCCAUCAUCCAGAUUUUCCACGAUUAAAUGGCGUAAUAUCCGAGGACUCCCCUUAUAUUGAUUUUGGAUCACUUUGUGUUGCUACCAAAAACUUUUCUGAUUCAAAUAAACUUGGACAAGGUGGCUUUGGUCCAGUUUACAAGGGGAUUCUAAGCAAUGAGCAGGAGGUAGCAAUCAAGAGGCUCUCAACCUGUUCUGAGCAGGGCUCAGAGGAAUUCAUAAACGAGGUUCUGCUCAUAAUGAAGCUUCAACACAAAAAUCUUGUAAAGCUUCUUGGAUUUUGUGUAGAUGAGGAAGAGAAGCUUCUUGUAUAUGAAUAUUUGCCCAACGGUAGCCUUGAUGUACUCCUUUUCGAUCCCAACGAACGUGCAAAGCUGGUUUGGACGAAACGCCUUGAUAUAAUAGAUGGAUUAGCAAGGGGGAUUCUUUAUCUUCACGAAGACUCUCGACUUAAAAUUAUCCAUAGAGACCUAAAAGCAAGCAAUGUGUUGUUGGACUCAGACAUGAAUCCAAAGAUCUCUGACUUUGGAAUGGCAAAAAUAUUCGCAGGGAAUGAAGGCGAAGCUAACACGGCUACAAUAGUUGGCACAUAUGGAUAUAUGGCACCGGAGUAUGCUAUGGAGGGACUAUAUUCCAUAAAAUCUGAUGUUUUUGCAUAUGGAGUACUAGUUCUUGAGAUCAUUACAGGGAAGCAUAACGCAGGCUUCUUCCACUCUAAAAGUACUCCUAGUCUUCUAACAUAUGCAUGGCAUCUAUGGAAUGAGGGGAAGGGACUAGAGUUAAAGGAUCCCUUGUUAGGUGAUUCAUGCCAAGAAGAUGAGUUCUUGAGAUGCAUGAAUAUUGGACUGCUGUGUGUUCAAGAAGAUGCAUAUGAUAGGCCAAGCAUGUCUUCUGUUGUUCUAAUGUUGAAGAAUGAAUCAGCAAUAGUUGGCCAACCAGCGCGACCACCUUUCUCAGUAGGGAAAUUCAAUGACAAUGAUGGGCUUCACCCACACUCUAGACAAUGCUCUAUCACUUUCUUAACUGAUUCUGACAUAUUAUUGCCUCGUGACUGAAAUGCUCGUGAGUUAGUUAUAGAAAUCUGAAUUCUGAUGGUUUCAAACUACCGGUACUAUCACAUUUUCUCGAACUUCUCUGAGCUACGUCUAAAUAUAAUAAAGGAAAAGUCUAGGGGCCAGCAACUUUGUUAAAUUCUGGCCAGCAUGUAACCAACAAAGAAAAGUGAGCCAUU